AUCCUGUCUCCUCCCACCUCACCGAGAACGCGAUAUUGUUACUCCAAGGAAGAGGCGAGGAGUUCCAGCUGGUUUGUGUAUGAUGUGGUGGAAAGGCUAAAAAUGGUCGAAGCGAAGUAAUGGCCGUCAGUAAUAAUACUUAACCUCAAAAGGUGAGAAGGAGAGACAUGGUGAGAUGGAAUAUACUAGUGAGUGUCAUCCACCCUGGCAAACUACUAGGGCAUUGCCUCAGCAUCUGAGAAGAGUAUGAACCGGAGGAAUGGCAACAAGGUGGCAGGGGACUGUGACAGCUUCCAGAUGGAGAGCAAGGCCCCGGAGCAGGCACCCAGCAUGGAGCAGAAGAAUGGCGAGAUCAUGGACUAUGAGGAGGUGGAGAAUGGCAAAUCUCAACCCAUAAACCCUCUGGCUAUGGAUGGGACCGUCACUGCACCUGAUGGGGGUUGGGGCUGGGUGGUGCUGGUGGCCACCAUCCUGGUGCUCGCCUUAACUCUGGCCUUCCCCUCCUGCAUGGGCAUCUUUUACACGGACCUACAAACAGAGUUCCAGGCCAGCAACCAAGAGACCUCCUGGGUGCCUUCUAUAAUGACAUCAGUGCUUCAUGCUGGAGGUCCAUUCUGCAGUGUAUUGGUGGAGAGGUUUGGUUGCCGGGCGACGGUGAUGCUGGGCGGGGUCCUGAGUGGGCUUGGAAUGGUGGCCAGCUCGUUCACCCACACCAUCACUGAGCUCUACGUCACAGCUGGGAUUAUCACAGGACUUGGAUUCUGCUUCAGCUUCCAGCCUGCAGUGACUAUCCUCGGGCACUAUUUUGUACGGCGGCGGGCUUUCGCCAAUGCCAUGUCGUCCACGGGCACGGCUCUGGGCCUGUGCACUCUGCCCCUCCUGGGCAACUACCUCCACACUGAGCUGGGCUGGCGUGGGAGUUUCCUGGUGCUGGGGGCUGUCUUGCUUAACUGCUGCGUAUGUGGAGCUGUGAUGAGGCCCCUGGAGGGCCCCAGACACCGUGGCCAGCCCCUGAUAAACCACAGGCCUCUCCAGCUGAAGGAGGAGAAGCUAAAGGGGAGAAUGAGGGCCUUGUGGGCCGGUCUGAUGACUGCCCUGCGUCGUCAUAUGGCCUUUGAUCUCUUACGUAACAACCUGCGCUACCGUAUGUACGCUGUGGGCAUCACCUGGAUGAUGCUAGGCUUCGUGGUGCCGCUGAUCUACUUGGUUCCCUACGCCACGGCCCACGACAUGGAGCAGAGCCAGGCCGCCCUCCUCCUCUCCAUCCUGGGUAUUGUUAACAUCGUGGUGCGGCCUCCUAUUGGCCUGCUCUUCAGCCUGCCCUGGUUCAAGGGGUGCCACACCUAUGUGUUCUCUGCUGCUCUGCUGGUGAAUGGGCUGAGUAAUAGUAUCUGCUGCAUCGAUGCCAGCUUCCCCGUGCUGCUGGCGUACGUGGUGACCUACGGCCUGUCCAUGAGCGUGGUGGGCUCGCUGAUGUUCACCGUCCUCAUGGAUACGUUGGACAUGAGUCGAUUCCCCGCUGCCCUGGGCCUGCUCGCCAUCAUGGAGAGUGUCACGCUGCUGAUCGGUCCCCCGCUCGCAGGAAUCCUGGUGGACAGAACAGGGGAGUAUUUCUACGUCUUCUUUGCCUGCAGUGCCACUGUUGCCUCAUCGGCUGUAUUCCUCAUGGUGUCUUUCUACUGGCUGGACAGAAGGGACAGGAGGGCGUUAAAGGGGCAGCAGGUGCCACCCCAGGUCCCCCCACCAAAGCCUGCCAGUGGUAACAAUUUGAUCCCCCAGUGCCAGUACCGCAGUGUGCCCACAGAGGGGGACAAAGACAAGGCCCCAGGCUCCGAGACGGGGGACGUCACCCGUCUGUGAACAUCGUCACUGUCCAAACACACAAACCAAACUCACAGAUGUGAGACCCGCGAUUCUGUAUAUCGAUUGUAUAUCCUGUGUUGCUAAUAUUAAAGUACAAGUGUAUGAUAAUUUGUAUCCCAAUCUGUUAGGAUCUGACAUUCCAUUUAAUCAUAGUAUACACACUCUUGACUGUUAGAGUAUUGAUUGCAAGGGGGUUGAGUAUUUCAUCCAAUAGGUGAAUAUUACAUAUAGUAUAGACGUGGAUUAUUCAUUGCUAUUACAGUCUACACUGUUUAUGCAGACGAGCAAAUACUGUUACUGGUGAUUGAAUGCAGUACUUUUUCACACAUGCCAUAAACCUUAAACCUGUGCCUUUUCCCUCACACCCUGUCGCACGUACAAGAAGACAUGCCACCUUAAGAAUCACUCACCACCCUUCAAAAAGCAAUGACUGUGCAAAAGACACAGGGCCUUUGUACAGACAAUCAAUCAAAAUAAGCAAAAUAAACAUAUUCAAUUUCCUAUACAUACUACACCAGAAGAAACCUCAACUGAAUGAUAAGUACUGUACCAGUUUAUAUCAAUAUCAAAGACUGAUAUCAUUGAUUGAGCAUACCAAUGUCAAACUCUUAAUCUCAAGGAAUCUUACAUUUUUUGGCCCUAAACACAUUUGUGUUUUCAUGUCUUGAUAUGUUAAUUGUGAAACAGAGUUAGACAACUAUCAGUAGCCUACUGAGAAUGACUGUAGCUGUUAGAGAUUUAUGUUACUUCUCCACCUAUGAGUAUUUCAUGUAUGGACUGUAAAUUCAUCACAAGAUUACUCUAAGGAACAUACAGUCACAUAUGUGGCAACAUACUUUAGGCUAGGGUUUCCCAAACUCGUUACUGGGCCCCUCCCCUGGGUGCACGUUUGUUUUUUUGCCCAAGCACUACACAGCUGAUUCAAAUAAUCAAAGCUUGAUGAUGAGUUGAUUAUUUGAAUCACCUGUGUAGUGCUGGGGUAAAAAAACAAAAUGUUGACCCAGAGGGGGCCCCAGGACCGAGUUUGGGAAACCCUGCUUUAAUCUAUGGCUCCCUUGCAAUAGGAAUAUCAAUAUAUAUAUAUUUUUAUAUAAAGGGCUAUUGUUUCUUGCACUGGGGCCAAAUAAUGAUUUUUUUUUCAUGUGAUUCAAUACAUUAUUUAUAAAAAAUAAUUAUGGAAAUUAUAAUAAAUGUAAUCCUAAAAAAAACAUGUUUUUAAUUGUGUGUUUAAAAGGGUGAUUAAUCGGUUCUCAUCAGGAAAUGUAGAUUGGCAAGUGGCAAUGGCAAAGUUGGCUAUUAUUUGUCAGUUGUUUGAUGUCGAUGGCCUACUAACCACCGGUCCUGGCAACCCAUCUUCACGCAUACCUGGCAACCACAAUUACGCAUACCUGUGUCUCAUCUGUCACACCUGGACUUCAGUACUCCUUGAUUUACUUACCCUUCAUAUAGAACUCUUUUGUUGCUAGUCAUCAGGUAGUAUUGUUUGUGUUUCCAUGUCAAACACUGGUCUUGUUUUGUAUUGGUCCAUGGUUGUUGUUAUUAAACUCACUAACCGCA